AAUCGCGUGAGGCUCGGACGGCCGGAACGCUUCGCUGGCCCCGCCCCGUGGCUUCGCCAAUCAGUGAGCGCCAGAAAGAGGCGAAACUACGAAAAAAAAUGGCUGCUGCGAGCCGGAGCGUGAAGGGUCUAGUCGCCAUAAUAACCGGAGGCGCCUCUGGCCUCGGACUAGCCACAGCAGUGCGACUGGUGGGGCAGGGGGCCUCUGCUGUUCUUCUGGACCUGCCCAGCUCGGAUGGGGAGGUCCAGGCCAAGAAGUUAGGGAAGAGCUGUGCCUUCGUCCCAGCUGACGUGACCUCAGAGAAGGACGUGCAAGCAGCCCUGACUUUAGCAAGAGAAAAGUUUGGCCGUGUGAGUGUAGCAGUCAAUUGUGCAGGCAUUGCAGUAGCCGCCAGGACAUACAACUUAAAGAAGAACGAGGCCCAUGCGUUGGAGGACUUCCAGCGAGUUCUCAAUGUGAAUCUCUUAGGUACCUUCAAUGUGAUCCGCCUUGCAGCUGGUGAGAUGGGCCAGAAUGAACCAGAUCAGGGAGGCCAGCGUGGGGUCAUCAUCAAUACUGCCAGUGUGGCUGCCUUUGAGGGCCAGGUUGGACAAGCUGCAUAUUCUGCUUCCAAGGGGGGCAUAGUGGGCAUGACAUUGCCCAUUGCUCGGGAUCUGGCUCCCAUGGGCAUCCGGGUGAUGACCAUUGCUCCAGGCUUAUUUGGCACCCCGCUGCUGGCAACCCUCCCGGAGAAGGUAUGCAACUUCCUGGCCAGUCAGGUGCUCUUCCCCAAGCGACUGGGUGACCCUGCUGAGUAUGCUCAUCUGGUACAGUCCAUUAUUGAGAACCCAUACAUCAAUGGAGAGGUCAUCCGGUUGGAUGGGGCCAUCCGCAUGCAGCCUUGAAGGGAGAGGGCAGAGAAAACACAGUCCUCCACCCUUCCUAUCCUUGGCAUAUUGUGCUCCAGCUUGAGAGGAAGCUAGUAGCCAUUUGUAACUGCCCUAGUGACCCUCCGUGCCUAAUAAAGUCUCUAUUCUUACA